AUCAGAUCCUCGAUCCGCUCCUUUAUUUCUUUUGAUUUGUCGCUACUCGAGGAUCUGAAUCAACUCGCUUAGAGGUCACGUCCCGGUGACCUUUCGUCCAAGAAUAUAUAAUUAGGAAGCAAAACCUUUUCCACCAAUCAAAAUUUAUGUUUGAAAAGCGACUUCGGAAAGAAUCACAAAAUGGCUGCCGAAGAAUUAGAAAUCGCGAUUGGAAAAGUUUUGCGGAAGUUUGGGAUCGAUAAACUGAAGAAGGAACAAAAACAAAUGCUUGAACUGUUGUUGGAGAGAAAGGAUUGUAUGGCUGUUUUGCCGACAGGCUACGGGAAGUCUCUUCCUUAUCAAAUGCUGGUGUCUGUGAAGCGUGAACUGGAGAUGGAAGACGACGCAAGCAAGGUUAUCGUUUGCUCACCAUUAGUUGCUCUGAUGCUGGACCAAUGUGAGAGACUGAAUGGUAUUCCUGGUAUAAGAGCCGUGCAAAAAGGAAGUAAUGCAGAUGAUGAAAAGGAUAUAGAAGAUGGGAAUUUUCAGUACCUAUUUUCCUCACCAGGA